AUGAGCUGCAGGAAGUUUAGUGCGCCAAGACACGGAUCUUUGCAGUUCUGCCCGAGAAAGAGGUCGAAGACAAUCAGGCCGUCUCCAGGGGCGUUUCCUGCUGAUGACAGUUCGCAACCUGUGCACCUCACGGGGUUCAUGGGGUACAAAGCCGGAAUGACACAUGUGAUCAGGACAAAGAUCCAGGCUGCAAAGAACAAGCAGCUUUCUCGAGAGGUGAUGGACGCUGUGACUGUGCUUGAGGCGCCGCCGAUGGUUGUGUACGGGGUAGUUGGAUAUGAGAGGACUGUUACCGGCCUACGUAGAUUGCCUAUUGUUCUUGCACCUUAUGUGAGUGACGGAGUUCUUCGAAGGAUGUUUGGAAACAAGCAUGUGGAGAGGGAGAAUAGCAAGAGGUUCUGUGCCAGCGAGGAGACUGAAUCAAGGAUUUCUGAGAUCAAGAAGAAAGCCGAGUGUGUAAGGGUUCUUGUGCAGACACAGCCUGGAUUAAUCAAGAAGCUUGGGCUAAAGAAGGCACACAUUGCUGAGAUCCAAGUGAACGGAGGGAGCAUUUCGGAGAAAGUGGAGUGGUGCUUAGAUAUGCUUGAGAAAGAGAUCCAUAUUGGAGAAGUGUUUAAGGAGAACGAGAACAUUGAUGUGAUUGGGGUGACAAAGGGAAAGGGAUUCCAAGGGACUGUGAAGAGGUUUGGAGUACGAAAGCAGCCCAGGAAGUCACGAAAGGGGAUCCGGAAGGUUGCAUGUAUUGGGGCAUGGCACCCAAGCCGUGUGAUGUACUCUGUUGCAAGGGCAGGACAGAUGGGAUUCCAUAGAAGGACGGAGAAGAACAAGAGGGUGUACAUGGUAGGAAAUGGGAACAGUAGUAUCAGGACUGAGUUUGACCUGACCGAGAAGUUUAUCUCACCGAUGGGAGGGUUCCCACAUUACGGAGAGGUGAAGAAUGACUUUAUCAUGGUGAAGGGGGCUGUUGUUGGACCCCGGAAGAGGGUUGUGACAUUACGAAAGAGCCUUGACCAACAGAGGCCCAGCGAAGAGCUUGUGAUCAAGUUUGUUGAUACGUCAUCGAAGAUAGGGCAUGGGCGAUUCCAGACAAGUGAUGAGAAGAGGGCAUUCUAUGGAGCCAAGAAGGCCGAGGUUGCCCCAGAAAUCCAUUAA